UUCUGGUUUGGCAUAAUAUUUGACAUCAGUGGUGAUUUCAUCACCAAUAUAGCCAUAUAGGCAUUUACAAACUAUAUAUGCCGAGAAUAUCAGCAGCUUAGCCAUCUCUCUCUCUCUUUCUCUGGGAACAAAAAUGCAAACAUCAGCUGCGACAGUAAUAGUUUCGGUAGCUAUAGCUGUUGUAUUGUGGUGGAUAUGGAGAACUCUAAAGUGGGUUUGGUUUGAACCAAAGAUGCUUGAAAGUUACCUGAGAAGACAGGGUAUUCCCGGUACUCCUUACACGCUACUUAUAGGAGAUAUAAAAAGGGACCAUAGCACGUUAAUGGAAGCAAGGUCCAAACCCAUCAAAGUAACUGAUGAUAUCAUCCCACGUGUAUUGCCUUUUCCCUCGCACAUGCUCAAGACUUAUGGAAGAACUUUCUUUACAUGGCUUGGACCUAUACCAACCAUUACCAUCACGGAUCCUGAGCAAAUCAAGGACGUGUUCAACAAAGUUUAUGAUUUCCAAAAGCCACAUACAUUCCCUUUGAGCAACCUGAUAGUCAGUGGACUCUUUAGUUAUGAAGGUGAUAAAUGGGCAAAGCACCGAAGAAUCAUUAAUCCUGCUUUCCACCUUGAGAAGAUCAAGAAUAUGGUACCUGUGUUCCACCAGAGCUGCAGAGAUGUUGUUGGCCAAUGGGACAAGAUAGUCUCCGAAAAAGGGUCAUCCUGUGAGGUGGACGUUUGGCCUGGACUUAUGAGUAUAACAGAAGAUGUGAUCUCUCGUACUGCUUUUGGAAGCAGCUAUAAAGAAGGACAUAGGAUAUUUGAGCUCCAAACAGAACUAGCACAGCUCAUCAUCCAAGCUGUUCAAAAAUCUUACAUACCUGGAUAUAGAUAUCUCCCAACAAAGGACAAUAGAAGGAUAAAAGCAGCAGCCAGAGAAGCACAAGUUAUACUGAGAGGGCUCGUUAACAAAAGGUUAAGUGCAAGAGAAGCUGGGGAAGCACCACACGAAGAUUUGCUGGGUAUACUUCUUGAAUCAAAUUUAGAGCAAGCUAAAGGAAAUGGAAUGAGCAUUGACGAUGUGAUAGAGGAGUGCAAGUUGUUCUACUUUGCCGGGCAAGAGACAACUUCAGUGCUUCUAGUUUGGACAAUGAUUCUGCUAAGCCAACACCAAGACUGGCAGGCUCGUGCACGAGAGGAAGUGAAGCAAGUUUUUGGUGAUAAAGAACCCAAUACAGAAGGCCUUAACCAUCUCAAAAUUAUGACAAUGAUAAUUAAUGAGGUCCUUAGGCUAUAUCCUCCAGUAACUCAUGUAAAACGAGCCAUUCACAAAGAGAUGAAGCUAGGCGACCUGACGCUACCAGGUGGCGUUCACAUCAGUCUACCUACUAUGCUAGUCCAACGCGAUACCCAGCUAUGGGGGAACGAUGCAGCAGAGUUCAAGCCCGAGAGAUUCAAAGAUGGUGUCUCAAAGGCAACAAAGAGCCAAGUCUCCUUCUUUCCCUUUGCUUGGGGACCAAGGAUCUGCAUUGGCCAAAAUUUUGCUUUAUUGGAGGCAAAGAUGGCAAUGGCAUUAAUUCUACAGAGAUUCUCCUUCGAGCUUUCUCCUACCUAUGUCCAUGCUCCUUACACAGUCUUCACCCUCCACCCACAGUAUGGUGCUCAUCUUAUUCUCCGCAAGCUAUAGUUCCAUACCAUAAAAAAGAAUAAAACACUGGAAGUGAUCCCAGUAUUUAAAGUCAAUUUUUUUUUAACGAAUAUCUUAUCCAAACCAGAGCAGAAAAAGUAGAACUCAAACUCAAAGGCUCUACUCACCAGAUCUUUCCUGGCUGUUAAAUAAUGUUCCAUAAAAAAUAAAAAUACAUUUGUGUGAAUGCAUGGAUCAUAUUUGAAAAAUAAAGAUAAUGCAAUUGACAGUUUACACGACAAAACAAAAUUACUUAAUAUAAACUAUAAAUUAUUAUGUUUAAAAUUUUCAAAUUAAACAACUAUUUAAUGCAGGUAAAUUAUAAAAAUAUACAUUAUUACUUAUGCAAAUAAAUAUUUAUUUAUUAAAAAAUAAAAAUAAACAUCAGCGCAUGUGUGUGGGUUAAAGUCUAAUUACUAUUAAGGCUUCAACAUGUAACCAUUAAAAGAAUAUGAAUAAUAAAAUAAAAGGAACAAAGAGAAAUGUCUAUUACGUACUUACGUUAAGGAAUAAAUAUAGUUUAUUAUUUUUUAAAUGCAAAUGAAUGUUAAGGAAUUAUAAAUAACAAAUAUCUUUUGUAUAUAGUGUAAAUUGUAAGUAAUGACAACGAAUUCACUAUUCCCACUUAUUCAUUUGGUUACCAUAUAGGGCCUAAAUAUAUAAGUUAAACUAAAGAAAUAAAUAUUAACAUUUGAAAACUUACUUAAAAUAUUGGCAAAUAUUAUAGUAAAAUGGUGGGAAAAUAUAUAUUUUAGGUGUAAUAAAUCCAAAGUACAUUUUAGAUAAAAAUAAAAUGGUAAAUUAAUGUUAAAAUAGUUAAAGUAACAAAAAAAAUUUAUAAACAUUCACAAUGUAUAAAACAAGAGACUUAUAUUUCCAAAAUAUAUAUUUCAAAAUAAAACGAAAUUACUAUUACAUAUAUAAGUUAAAAUACCAAAAUAAAAAUAUUAACAUUUGACACCGUACUUAACUAUUAUAGUAAAAUGGAAAAUCAAAGCAGAAUAGUAAUAUUAACCAAAAUACAUAUUUUUAGGUAUAUAAUCCAAAUUACAUUUUAUACUAAAAUAAAAUGGUAAAUUAGUGUUAAAAUAUUUAAAUUAAGAAAAAGAAAAACAUCUAAGAAAAUCACAGUGUAUAGGAGAAUAAACUUAUAUUUCCCAAUAUAUAUAUAUAUAUUUUAGUAUAGAACUAAAUUAAUUUUACAUAUAUAAGUUAAACUAACAAAAUAAAUAUUAAAAUUUGACAACUUACUUAAAAUGGUAACUAUUAUAAUAAAAUGGAAAAUCCAAAGCAAAAUAGUAAUAUUAACCAAAAAUACAUAUUCGUGGUAUAAUAAUCCAACGUACAUUUUAAAAUAAAAUAAAUGGUAAAUUACUGUUAAAAUAGUUAAAGUAACAAUACAUCUACAAAAAUUCUCAAAGUAUAAAAAAUAAGUAAUUUUCUAAUUUUUCUAAUAUCAUUAAUAAUUAAUAUCAAAAAAUAAACUAAUAAAGAAAAAUCAUCAAAAACAUUGAAUUUAUGGAUGAAAAGAACUAUUUCUUUUCCAAAGAAAAUAUAAAUAUGAAUACAACAAUAUACUAACACAGGUGAAUGCUAAUUAGAUCUAUAUUAUAUUAAUAUAUAAUAUAACAAUAAAACAUAUACAAACCAUGUUCUUGUGCUGAUUCCGUGUGUUUGUGAAUGUCUCAUCCUUCAAAUGAGUUUUUCUCUAUAUAGGAAAAAGUCGGCUAUAUCUCUUUUUUGCCUUUGACGACUUGUCUUUUUCCAACCGCCUCUCUUCUCGCUAUUUGGCCGGAUACACUUAUAUGAUGGGUCUUAUCAAAAAUUUAAUGUAUCGGAUAAAUUGUCAAUGUGGAUCAUGUGAGAAGGAGGAUAGGGAAUCAAUUAUUAACAGUCCCUUUGAAUA